AGCUGCGUGUGCAAACCGACAAUUAAAGACGGGACAAGUCGGCUCCCCCGAGUAACUUCUCCGCGAUUGAUGUCAGCAACAGUAUGUCGCUCUGAUUUUCGUGUAUGUUGUGUCAUCCGGCCGCUUCCAUCGCUACAUAUCUGUUUCCGACGAGAAAGGGAGAUAAUUUUUUUCUAUCCGUGACUUAAAACAGUACUAUAAUUGACCUCCGGAAAAUAACUGUAUCUCGCAUCUCAUCUUCCUCUUCCUACGCCUCCUCGGGGAAUAACCGACGGUUAUUUCCCAAGAUCAAGGUAUGAGUCCAGGGUAUAAGGAUUUCUACCGAUCGGCUGGGCCCCUCGAUUCGUAACCCUCUCCCGGACGGGGUUUCCGAAGGCGAAACGCCGAAACGGGAAACAAAGAUGCCCGCCUGCUCGAGCGAGAGCUCGUCCAGAUUAUGGUCCUCCAGCCCGCCGAUGUCACGAAGCAGCAGCGCAUCGCCGCCGCUACCCGGCACCCCGUUGUCCACGUCGCCAUCCCGGAUGUCGCCCGUGUCCACGCUGAAGCGCACGACGUCGAACGUGAUCGCGCCGACGUCCAACGCGCCGGUCAAUCUCUCCCGGGCGUCGUCGCUCUCGAGCAUGUCGACGGUGAUACUCUCCCAGAGACGACAGCAGCAACGACAGCAUCAGCAACAGCCGCCGUAUCAUCAUCAUCAUCAUCAUCAUCAGCUGGGUACGCUGGCGGCAGACAGUCGGAAAGUCGAGAGGAGCAACAAUUUCAUCCUGUCGAGAAUCCUGUCCUGGUACUUCGGGCUUCUGACGGGUCUCUUUCGGGGCGUCUUCAACGUGAUCGGCUACGCGAUCUGGGCGCCCGCCCUCUGGGCGUCCGCCUGGGUAUGCGUUUUCUGGGUGAUUCUGCAGCUGCCGCUGACCGCUUUCAAGUGGUUCAUCACCGUGCUGCACACCCCGGCGUACGAGAGAUCGCGCAGCAAGCGGUGCGUGCUGAUCAGCGGCGGUAGCACGGUGCAGGCGGUGCAUCUCGCGCGCAACUUUUACAAGGCGGGCGCACGGGUGGUGGUGUGCGAUCACGAGGGCCUGUUCGGCCUGGCCAGAUUCUCCACCGCCUGCUCCAAGUACUACACGAUACCGCAACCCGGGCCCAGAAACGUCGUCGAGUACAUAAAGGCGCUGCGGGACAUCGUCCAGCGCGAGAAGGUGGCCUACUACAUACCGGUGAGCGCCGCCAACACCGCGUAUUACGACGCCCUGGCGAAGCCGCAUUUGGAGAUCAUGGGCUGCGAGUGCUUCGUGCCCGACGCCAGCGAGGUGACCGCGCUGGACGAUCCGCUGGAGCUGCUGCGACGCUGUCGCAUGCUCGGCCUCCCGACAACGCAGCACUUCCUGCUGCGAUCGAUGCAGGAUCUGUCCGCGCUCUACGAGCGGAACGCGUUCCGCAACGGCAGGUACAUGAUGCUGGCCGCCGGUCCCGCUGGGAUGCGCGAUCGCGCCAAGAUCCUGCUGCCGCCCACCGUCCGGGAGAUCCGGAAUCAGGAGCACGAGAUCAGCGAGAGGCGACCGUGGGUGGUGAUCCGCGACCCCGGCGGCGAUCACUUCAUCACCUGCACCACGCUCAAGGAGUCGCGGAUCGUGGCGAACGUGACCUGCCGAGUGGACGAGGAUCGGGGCCUCAUACCCGAGGAACGUCCCGAGGUCACGCGGUGGCUCGAGCAGUUCUUCGCCCGUUCCUUCGGCAGCAGGAUCAACGGUCACAUGAGCUUCCGGCUGGCGGCGUCGGAGGAGACGGGCGAGCUGGUGUCCAUCGGCUGCCGGGUCGGCGUGAGCCUGCCCUACAUCUGCCACACGGGGAUACAUCCGCGUCUGGUGUGGAAGCCCUGUCGACACUUCUCCAGGCAGAACUCGGCGUUGCUGCAGAGCACGUCGAGCCGGCAAUUGCUGUCCGACGCCGUGGCGAGUGCUCUCAAGCAAUCGGCCAGCGAGACCGCGCCGCAUCUUCUGGGCACGGUGCUGGACAAGAGGGAGUCCCUCUUCGUCUACUGGGACCCGCUGCCCUACUGCGCCUACUAUCAUCUUCAAUUGCCGUUUAGGCGCGUCGCGGAGGCCAUCAGGACGCAGCACAACCCACCCCUGGCGGUAGUGCAAUAGGACUCUACCCUGAAAAUGGGGGGUGCUUUUCUUGCAUCGAGAUCCCUUCUGUUUCGCCUGCUAUCAUAUCCGCAGACAUGCCCUUCAGAAAUCGUCGCGAGGAUCGUCCAAAAAACUCACAAUUGAUCCUUAGCUUAUAGUGGCGUAACCGAGGGGGUUGGAGUGUAGCUAUGUAUCUGAAUCUCAACGUCGAUCGCGUCUCCGAGAAGAAACGAUUGUGCCAAAGAGGAGAUCCGCGGACGAAUCCCGAACAAGACCCGUACUUAUGUCUUUUCUUCCGUGAGUAAUUGUGUAGAGUGUGAUAUUAUUUAUUGGAGAACAAUGGAUAUCCGCGCGCGCGAUAUCCAUUUCGCACGCGGCUGAUCAGCAUAUAAGAGCUAUUCUCUUGUUAUACAUUAUCUUGCGUCGCGUUGUAACAUACAAGUGAAUAUGAGACUCGUAACGAUUCCACGCAUAGAGUGCGUGUGUGACAGAGAGAGAAAGAGAAAGCGUGUAUAUAUAUGUAUGCGUGUAUGUAAUUUCAUUACUUACUUUUUACUUAUUAAUUAACGAUCAUAAUACAGCAGUCUUGUUUUGCUGAGGACGGAAGGAAGGAAGGAAGGGACACGGUAGUUGUGUGUGUCAAUUCGAGAACUAGGAAGUAAGGAACUUGGCAGAGGCGCGUUUUCCCCGCGAUUCAUGAGAGCGAGUCAAUGGGGAGUCCGUGGCGUUCGCGAGAGUUAUAGAUAUCGCGCGCUAUCCCGGCAAUCGCGUUUGUUCGGGGAUCGCGGAUUUUGACGAAAGUGAGCGAGUUAAAAAUAGGUACAAAGGUCAAGUUCGGCUGGUAAUCGGCUUAUGAGAGAGAGAGACAAAAAAAAAGGGGAGAAUAAGAGGACGUGCGGCAGCUCACGCGCCAUGU